AUGCAAGUUGUCAACUUUGAGAUUGGAGAGAAGGAUGAGCUGGCCCUCAGCAUUAUUUCCUACCUCGGCUGUAGCGUCACGCUCAUCACCCAGAUCAUGGCAAUCACUGUUUUCACCUGCAUCAGGUCCCUCAACUCUGAGAGAGUUUGUGUCCAUAGAAACCUCUGUAUCUCUAUCUUAGCAGCCCAAAUAACGUUUAUUUCUGGCAUCAAGGCUGUGCAGAACAAGGUAUUAUCUAUUCAUUUGCUACUUGUCCAUUUUCUAAAACAGUUGUGUGUGCCGUUGUGGCGGUGUUUCUGCAUUACUUUCUACACAAGCUCAUUCAUGUGGAUGCUUGUUGAAGGGCUGCAUCUCUACAACAUGAUAAUCAACGUGUUUGGCACAGAACGUUCCAGAAUUGUUUACUACACCUGCAUUGGUUACGGUCUACCCUUGCUGCUUGUGGCCAUCUCCGCUGUAGUUGACUGGGAAGGCUAUGGAACCAAGUACAGCUGCUGGCUAUCCAUCCAUCAAUCAACAAUCUGGGCCUUCGUUGGACCAGCCAUGGCAAUUAUAAUAGUCAACUUUGUCAUAUUAGCAGUGGUCAUCAGAAUCGUUAUUACUUCAGCGAGGACAGAUAAAAAUACCAACUACGACCAUAUCAGGGCAGGAAUCAAGGCGACUGUGCUGCUUCUGCCUCUCCUUGGAUUGACCUGGAUCUUUGGUCUUGCUGCUGUCAGCGAGAAGCUGGUAGUUUUCCAGUACCUGUUCGCCAUCCUCAACACCUUACAGGGAUUCUUCAUCUUCAUGCUUCAUUGUGUCUUCAACACAGAGGUAAGGUGUCAUGACUCAGUUUUAUUAUUUUUUUUUUUUUUUAUUGAAAACUGGUUUGUUUUUCAAGGUUUAAAAAUAUAUUUUAAAAUCAAAAAUAGGCGCUGUCACUACUGGCUGUAUGUGCCAAUUGUCCAG